GGAUAUCCUGGGGUAGUGGUAGCGGGUGGCGUUGGUGGACAACUACAUGUAGACUAGAGUAAAAGACACAGACCAUACCUGUCAGACUCGCGACAAUCCUGAUUAAAUGUAUCUAACUCCAGUAAUUUGCACUAAAAUCUAUAGAAAGCUGGUUUUCUUUCUUUAGUCUCCACUCUCCCUGCCUGAAUAUGGAUUCUAGAUAUUUUUUGGACAAGCCAGUGGUUGGGACGAGGGUCGGCGGUGCGGAUUUUAGCUACCGGGCAGGCCGCUCCUUGCUGCGCGACAGCCGGGUCCCCUUGGUGGAAAAAAGCGGCCCCAUGCCGGCGUACACAAACGAGCCCGUCUUUUACAAAUUUGUAAUGGACGGCGGGUUGGCGGCAGAGGUUAAAAGCGAGAAAACCUCUCCUAAAGGGAACGGACUGUCUCUGGGUGGUCGGAUAUUGCACGACGUGGAAAAAACUGGCCUGGGGGACCAAAAAGAUACCGGUUCCACUGGGAUCCUGAAGAGGGCCAGUCCUACUCACUGCUCAGGCAUAAAUGGGCAAAUGCCAAGCAGCUUCAUGCACUUGGACAUCAGGAACGCAGGGAAACAGGCAGAGAUGGCCAACAACUUCAGGGCAGCACAAGGGCAAAACGUACCACCGACAGAGAGACAACCUCUCCCCUCUUCCCACAUCCCCGUCCCUAGAAACAGGAAGCCCUCAGGUCAUGCUGAUAAGGAGGUGAUGGCUGCCACCGUCCUAACCUCACUGUCCACAUCCCCUUUGGUGCUCUACCCUUCCUCUGCACCCACAGUUCCAGAGCCAGCCAACAGGGCUUGGAAAGAGGUUCUGUCAGCGAGCUACAGCAGUUCGACCAGCGGCAACUGGAGCUGGGAUGCCAGUGACCAAUCAGUGCCCUCCACACCGUCCCCACCUCUCUCCAACGAUGCCAACAAGAACUUCCUGCUCUCGUCCCAGGGUGAUGAUGUCAAUGAGGAUGUAACAGAGAGCUCGCACUUCAUGUUUGAGGACCCCAUACCCCGUAAACGAAAGAACUCCAUGAAGGUGAUGUUCAAGUGCUUGUGGAAGAACUGUGAAAAGGUCCUCAGCACGUCCUCAGGUAUCCAGCGACACAUCCGCACCGUCCACCUGGGGCGUAACAGUGACUCGGACUACAGCGAUGGAGAGGAGGACUUCUACUACUCAGAGAUCGAGGUCAACAUGGACAGCCUCACAGAGGGCUUGUCCAACCUCACACCCACCUCCCCAACCACAGCUGGUCCUCCGCCCGUCUUCCCUCCACCGCUCACAGAUGUCCCUCACUCCGAACACAUCAGCAUGAACGGCUCGCAGAGCCACGUCCCGACACUGCUCAGCCAAUCAGCUCCCUCCACACUCUGCCACAUCCGCACUGAUCACGCCUACCAGGCCACUGCUCCAGUGAGUAUCCCAGUGGGUCCCGAGCUGGCUGGGUUAGGCAGUGGUAAUGGGACCGGGCCUGGAACUGGGACGGGAAAUGGCAUCAGUGUGUCGUGGCAGUCCCCUCCUGUCAUUUUCAAAGGCAUCCCGGGGCCUGUGACUCACGUCCGGACAAUUAGCAUUGGAGAAAAGCGGCAACCGGCAGCCAGCACACACACCACUGUUAACAAGAACCAUGCUUUAAUAACACCAGCACCUAAAUCAACACCAGGAAGCAGGAAACCUCGUGGGGAGGCGAAGAAGUGCCGAAAGGUGUACGGCAUGGAGAAGAGAGACAUGUGGUGCACAGCCUGUCGCUGGAAGAAGGCCUGUCAGAGAUUCACCGAUUAAUCCUGUCCCCUUCCUCUGUCCGUGAGAGGAGCUCUGGCUCUUUCCGGUGGAACAGCGAGGUGGACUAUUUCACUGAGGAGAUUUCUUCAUGAAGGGGCUCUCAGUGCUUGUUCCUCCAGUCCAGCAGGGGGUUCGCUUUCUCUCUUUUUCCAUUUCCAAACACAAAGAGAAAAUCAAAGCGGCAGGUAUAAACAAACAAAAACAAAAAAAUCAGCAAGAAAAAAGAACUUUAUGCAGGUUUGGAGACUUUUUUUAAAGACUGAGACACUUUCACUCAGUUGAUGAAUAAGGAAAAAAGAAACAUUUAAUUUGGAUUGUGAACCUUCUUGUUUGAUUUUUCACAGCCGCGACUAAAGGCGAUGUUUAAAGACUACAGAUAAGCUUUUUGGUAUACUCUGUUGUUCAUUAUAGGAGUAUCAUGUAAGCUACUGUUUAUGGGGUGGAUCAUGACUCUUUUUUUAAGGUUCAAGGGUUAACACCAGAUUUGCUCAUAAGACCUCUGUAGCAUAUCUCUUUUUCAAUGUCACUGUUUAAGGGACAGCAAACCUACCAAAGGCAAAAUGCCUGUUCAGUAUGAACCAACAGUUUAGGUGUAAGUGCUAUCCCAAUCUAACAUCACUGUCUUCUGCAGCCUUAACAGAUAUUAACCGUAUGUCUGAAUACAUAUUGCUUAAUAUCUAAUACAUGUUCAGUACAGCCAGCUAUACUUUUUCCAGUUUUGCACAAAUCUGUCACACAAAGUGGUACAAAAUGUUUCCCAUUGACUUUCCAAAAUAUUUUCUCAAGAUGUACACAAUAUAUGAAUAUAUAUUUCCCUCUUUUCUAUACUUAUACCCUAGAGAUAUGCACCUUGAUGAAAUAAGUUGUGUUUUUGAGUGUCACUGUAACCACAGCGUAUUUCUGAGAGUGGAAACCUAUUUCUUAUAUAGAGUUUAUUUUCAGCGAUGAGUUGCUGAAGCAACUAGCAGUUGCACCGUGCAAUCAGCAGGAUUACAGCAUUUAAUAAUGUCUUUCUUGCUUUGAUGUUGUCAUUGUUAUUAAGAGGAGUUCAGGCAGAAAGGCUCAGUUUUUUUUCCUUUGACAGCUGAUGUUCUUAAAAGAGAUUGUUUACCACAAUGAAUGAUAACUGCCCUUGGAAACUUUAACUUUCUGACUGAUGUAUGUUGUACAUUGGUGAGUAACAAAGAUCGUAACCUAACAAUCACUACCUGAUAAUAUGUCAGGCAUUUUCGUCAUUUAUUACAGUUUGUUAUGGAGAGGUUACCCAAUCUUUAAUCUUUUUUUAAAAAAACAAAAAACAAUUAGCAUUAACCAGCAAGGCGUCAUUUGUGGAUAUUAGACUUAACAGGAACCAAGACCGUUUCCUGUGUUUUUAGUAGAUAUGUCUUUAGUCCUUUAGAAUCGUCACUCUGGUGUAACAUUUGAAAAUGGGAAGAGAAAAUCAAACUAAGUCAGUGCAGAGCAGCAGCGUUGGUGGUUGAAUGUAUACUGAUUUAUGUUGUGUAGCAAAAGUUCUACCAAAGUGGAGUUUUACUUUUUAGAAUAGGCCUGUAAUAAUAGAUAGCAGGCCAACUUUCCCAAUCUUAAGAUACAAUGUAGGUGGUACAUUUUUAAUUACAAAGCCCAAAUGUGUUACAUGUUUUGUAUUCAAAUUAGGUGUCUAAGAUACACAACAGGGGGGGGGAGCAAAGUCAGUGGUAAUCUUAAAGAUAUUUAUACUUUAGGAAACCCAAACGAGAAAUUCAGUGAAAAAAGUCAUCUAGUUAUUCUCGUCAGGCCUCAAAUUAAACCCUUGCAGGGGGGAGUUUAUUUGUAAUUAGCUAGAAGACACUGAUAAAAAACUUGAGAUUAUCUCUCAUUGGUGAUUUAAGUAGAAGACCACCAGUAGUCAUAUUUAAGAAUGUGGGUGCCAGUCGUUAGGAAAAAAAACAUCUGAUGUUUUUCUAAUUGUUAGGUAAUUCUUACAUCCAGAGAUCCCCAGAAGAAUGUUAGAUUUUUCCCAAAUUUUCCGAGCUGAUCUUUUCAAAGUGAUAACCUGCCUCUCAUAAACCAUGGAAUCAAGUCAAUUAAUUUAUAUAGCCCAAAAUCUCAAAUUGGCCUCAAAAGGUUUUACAGUCCUUUCAACAUACAACACCAAUUGUCUUUAAACCCUGAAUUCUGUUAAAGAAAAACUCCACAUAUACAGAAAAAAAACAUUUUAGUGGUUUUUAUUUUUCUGAUCUUGCUUCAGAGGUAAAGUCAUGACAGAAGAGAGUCUCUUUUGUGACCAGCUUUUUGAAUGUAAUUUCUACUACGUCCUACUUUCUAAGCGCUCCUGACCCGAUCUGAUCACCAUAGCAACGUAUGACAAACACGCAAACACAAACACAGAGGGCCUGUCUCUUAAUUUCUGAGCGGCGUUUCUUUCAGCAGACACCUUGACUGAGGUACAGUGCGACUUUGGACCUCUGUCGCCAUAGAAACACAUGUACUUUCCUCCGCCGCCAGGGUCACUUAUGCAGUCUGCUGUUGGCUGAUACCAUGUUAUAGGUGACAGGUUAUCGCUUCCUGAUGAAAGCUCAGAAGCCUAUUAAUUGAUCGCUUUAAUAUUAAUAAUAUUUCAUUUAGUUCCCAUUACUGACCACCAUAUUGUUCUGGAAAUGUUUUUGGGUUCAUUAUCCUGCCUGUAAAAGCGUUUAUUCCAGUGGCAUCCCAGAUAAGCUAGGUCUGCCUCUCUCUCUUGUGAGAGUGACCUGUGAGGCCUCUUCCGGUCAGAAAACUUCACAAAGUGCCAAUGAAAAGAACAUAAAAAGGAAAGGUAUACUGACCUAAUAAAAUUGCACUACGCUGCACUGCGCAAAUACAUGUUUUUAUACAUGGACGUUUUAUAUACACACAUUUUGAAGUGAUUUUUUUCUUUCUUUUUUUUCUCCUUUUUUUGUCAGAGGGGGCGGGAGGGGUGUCGUCACUGCCCGAUGGAAUAAAUGGGGUGUCAGGGAUAGAGGUCGUGCACCUCUGUGGUCCCCCAUUAUUAGCAAAUGAUCUUGACAGUUCAUGUCUUGCUCUCUGUGUCAGAUUUAUUGAACAUACCAUAGUGGUGCUGGCAGUUUUAGAAGUGUGGUACUGGGAAGCACAGUGUGGUACUUAGGUAGUCAGUCACUUUGCCUCUCCUUGGAGGAGUGCCAAGGGCCGAAAGCAGCACCCACCUUGUCUCAGUGAUGGGAAAACAUCUGUCUCAGUCAGUGGCUCUUCACAACACACAUUUUACACCAUAAAGAAAAUCUUUGUGCUUCCUUUAUCUAAAUAACAAAAAAACAAGAAAAAAACAAGUUCCUGCUUAUUUCCAUUUUACUGAGCUGAGGUAAUAACUGUGUAGAUGCUGUUAUUAGUGCUGGAUACCACUUUUAUAUUACUGUUAUCUCUGGUUUGGUCUUUGCUAGAAUGUCAAAUGCAACCCAUCAGGUGUCUCUCCAUCCUCAGUGUAAGCACUUUUAGAUUCCACCAGCGGGGUUAGAGGCCAAUGCUAUUUGCUGGCAGUGAAUGGGGCUAUUAGCAAAUGUUAAGCUAAUAGGUUCCAGUACUUGCCGGCCACUAUUCCACUUUUUUUUUACGUGCUCAAAACUGGUCAGUGACGAUUAUGGCCCACGGUGCAGCUUUGGUUCAUCAUGGCCAGAACGGACUUUGGGUACAAAGUUAUUCUUGUGCACAGAUCUUGGACAUUUUUGUAAAAAAACAAAAAAUUAAUUACAGCUUACACUGAGAAUAUUAGAGAUGGAGAUUUAACCUGGUUGUUCAUGGGUGUGCAGGGAGGGUGAGGGAGAGUUACGGUUGAUGGAAAGCGGACACGAGAUGCGCAGUGACGAUUAUAGAUGGAUUCGCAGUUUCAGGGCUUUCUUGUACAUAUGCAACAUAAAGAGAAUCCGUGAGGCUUUUUCAUAUAUUGUUGUUUUUUUUGUUGAUGUUUCCCUGUUUAUAUGAAAAGGAAACUUUUUUUUUACAUUACAGUUGCUCAGAAUUUUUUUUCUUUCUUUAAAAAAAAAAAAAAGUCGAUCGAGAAGCUAUAGUGAACAUAACACGUUAAGAUUCAAUGUAUAUUGUAGCUUAGUGGCAAAGGGGAGAAAAACAAAACCUGUUGAAUGUAAAACCUUCAAAAAGAAAUGUCUUUUUUUUGUUGUUAUAUUUGCUGGCUAGUUCGUACUGCCUGUAGUGAACCUAUAACACGUCCUGAUUUUUUUGGUAUCCAAAUCUUUUAACACCCACAGACAGCUGUCGCCACACUGCUAAGUCAUAUCAAAUAACACAACCAUGCAGUAUUGCUUUACUAUCUUACUUUGUGCAAUGAGAUGCUUUAUCAGGGAACAAGAAUUAACUUAAGCUUUUGGUGACAUCUGGGCUACUCGUUGAUCUGUCUUUUCUCCCUGCCAAAUAAUCAUUUCUCUGAUGACGUGUGGUUAUUGUUGUCCUGGAUGUUGUUUGUGGUUGUGAUGUUAAGUUGUUGUUAGGCAGGAUAACUUUCAACCUUUUUAUUCACGAUGAAAAAAUCCUAACAUUGUGGGAAUCUUUAUCCUGCCCUGCACAUUCCAACAGACAGCACGCUUUUAGUGGCUUCCAGUUGUUUCCUAAUCGACAUUUCUUUCCCAUUUCCUUUUCACUACAGUGAUUCUUCUCUGAUCACCUCUUCUUUUCCACCCGCUGUUCUUUGUGCUAUCCAGCUUUACUGUGGUCCCACCCAAGCCUUUACCCAGUAUAUUAAGCUAACUAAACCCUUGAAAUGUGCAUCAAAAAGCCUUUGUUUUUUUUUCCAAAUAUGUCAAAAUGUAUGUGCUGCUUCUUUUUUUUUUUUAAAUGUCAGUUUUCAUUUGUGUGUAAACCAGCAGCAGCAGCAAAGCCAAUGGAUCUCCUUCCAAAUCAAAUGUAAAGCAUUGCAAUGGCAGCUCCACUCACUUCUCUGCUUCUUCUACUGUGCUCUUAUUGUUCGUCCAGGCUUUUUACCCUGUCUGUCUAAUUUCGACGACCAUUUCUUUUCUCUGGUUGAAUUUUUACUGAGCCUGACACUGGCUGGUAUGAAAACUGACUUUAGCUUUUUUGUUUUGUUUGUUUGUUUUUGGUUUCUCAUUGAUUGAUUGAUUGAUUGAUUGUCUGGUUGAGUUUGAGGUUGUUUUGCAUGUCUAGCAUCGCUCACCCCCCACCCCCCCCCCCCCCCCCCCCCCCCAACACCCCCCAACACCCCCCACCCCCCUGUUCUUUCUUGUUAGGAGAUACAACACUGAAGGGUUUUAUGUGUUAGAUUUCCCUCCUUUCAGUAACUGAUAACCCCAAGGCUGAUUUAGUCUGUUUCCCUCUAAAUGAAAAGAUGCUCAUUGCAGCAUAACACACACACACACACACACACACACACACACACACACACACACAGUGCUAAAAGCGUUUUGAGGGAAAUGUGACGUCAGUCUUGGUGUCUUCACUGGAGGGCAAGAUUUCUCCUGUGUGUGGGCUCAGCCUCUGGUUUUCAUCAGCAGUCCCACGCACACGGAGGAAGCACUUUCUGAGGAGUGGUGCACUCAAGGAGUAUUUGUGUGAAUGUCAAGCCUAUGAGUAGUGCUUGAAAAGAUGGAUGACCAUGUAUGAUGCUGAUAAUGUGAUCUAUGUGAUGUAAUGUGACGGAAAGAAAAUAAAACUGAAUG